UUUUGGACCACCAUCCCCAACACACUCAUCCGGAUCAUCCGGCGAUGAGGAUGAUGACAUUCAGGUCCCUCGAGUGCACGACGGGCCUCGCUCACCACCAGUGCGCAGCCCCUCUGAGUUUUCACGGGCUUUCCCUCCUAUUGAUGAACUAAAUGAACGAGAUCCUGCCCCCGCAAUGCCCUCUAUUCCUACUGGUGCUCCAGGUAAAACUGUCACGAGUCCAAAUGGCCAUCCGCCAAAUGGAAUUCCAUGGAAGGCAAAGGCCUUCCCGGCUGUGAUGAAUAUGGAGCCAAGACCGGCUAGCACGCCGAUUCCCAUCAAGCGACUGAGCGCGGGCAGUCGCCCACAAACGCCGGGCCAGUACGUGGGAUCCCCUACUCAGGCUUAUCUGCCCUCACAGGCGUCCCCACGUACAAACGGCAUUCACGAGCCAACUUCUAAUGUGGACUUACCUCUCACCAAUGCUAUUACACCACAGAAGCUCAAUUCGCUGUUAGAGACGCGAGGGCUAAAUAUAUUGUUAUUGGAUGUGCGGAGUCGUGAUGAAUUUGAAAAGGAGAGAAUUAACCACGAUGCUAUCGUGUGUUUGGAACCAUUGGUACUUUCGAGGCAGGG